UAGACACAUUUGCCAUCUCCAUCUGUGCCGCACGUGUUUACGUUGUGUGGGAAAUAGUUCUUGGUUUUUAGCACAAAAAAAUUUGAUAUUUAAAAGAUACAGACAUGCCGCGCUCCAAACGUGAUAAGAAAGUUUCCUUGACCAAAACCGAUCGCAAGGGUCUGGCUUGGAAACAGCGAAUCGUGGAUGACAUUCGCUUUUGUGUUGGCAAAUACCCAAAUAUAUUUGUUUUUCAAGUCCAGAAUAUGAGAAAUAGUCUUUUGAAGGAUUUGCGUCAGGAGUGGAAAAAGAAUUCCCGAUUUAUCUUUGGCAAGAAUCGCGUCAUGCAGAUCGGGUUGGGUCGCACCAAAAGCGAGGAAGUUGAGUCUGAUUUGUACAAGCUCUCCAAGCGCUUGACUGGGCAGGUUGGUCUGCUUUUCACAGACAAGUCCAAGAAAGAAGUUCUCGAAUGGGCCGAAAACUACUGGGCGGUGGAGUACGCACGCAGUGGCUUUGUGGCCACUGAAACGGUUACCCUGCCAGCUGGUCCUUUAGAAGAAUUUGCCCAUUCCAUGGAGCCGCAUUUGCGAUCCCUGGGCCUGCCGACCAAACUAGAAAAGGGAAUCGUUACUCUGUACAGUGACUACACCGUUUGCGAAGAAGGCAAAGUACUAACGCCUGAACAGGCGAGAAUUCUUAAACUGGUGGGCAAACCCAUGGCGAAAUUCCGUUUGACCAUGAAGUGUUCGUGGACAAAGAGCGACGGUUUCCAGCUGCACGUCGAGGACGAUGUGAACGACGAUGACCAGGCUGAUAGCGCCAUGGAAGAGGAUGCAGAGGCUGAGGCUAUGGAAGCUAACGACGACGAUGAUGACGAGGAGGAUGAUGAAUAAAUUAGUUUUAGGUGUAGAUUUAAUUUUUUUAUGUAUAUAUCAAGUACAGAAAAUAUACGUAUA